AUGCCUAGUGUCUAUGUUGAGCAUUUCACCACAUGGUGCGGCGGCCACGGGGAUUACGACGGGAAGCAUGGUGGGCUACACGGCACUGGCCGUGUCUCGUUACUACGCAUUAUCGUACUGAGGCAUAAAAUCGCCAAUGGCAACUGGGUGUCGCCCCCUCCUCCACCUGAAAAGCAUUGGGCAUCACUUACUUGUCGUUUGGUUCAGCUCAAGCCCAGACCUGUCCAAUUGCUCACCCGGACCCCAGGGCAGGACAAACAACCGCGUGCAGAUCUCCCGGGAAGGAAAAGGCUGGGAGGUGUCAUUCCGUCGGGGCCGACGGCUGCGGGCGUCUCAAUAACACGCGGCUUCUCUCUUAUGGGCCGUCGUACGGCUAACCUCUUUGGUUUCCCUACCCAUCGUCUGUGUCACCUGGAACGGGGCCUGGUGCAACACUCCAUCUCUCAAAUGACGAUUCGAAAUCUUGCUGCUGCCACGGCUCGCACUGUCGCCAACGGCAGGUUGGGGUCCUCACGCAUGAGCCAGAACUACCGGGCUUUGAUUUGGAAGUCCUGGCUUUCCCUUCCCCCGCCUCGCCCCCCCGGCUGGCCCCGAGCACAGAGGGAAAGGCUCAACCAGAUACGCAAUUGCGUGGUCCGCCGACGGUUCAGAUCCCCGCUAUUCCAAACCCCAACUGUAUAUGUUGACAAGGCGACCUAUUUUGGUAAAGAAAAAAUCACACCGUUCAAGGAUGGCGUGGUGUUACAGUGCCUCCCCAAGAGAUUGUGCGCGUUCUGCCAGAAGGGUCGUAAACGUAUCUCGCACCUUGGGUGGGCACGACAGGAUGGAUGUGGGAUGGCAGGGUUGCUCGACAGUCGACAUGACCUGCCUAACAUUAACAAGCCCCUCCAGGAACAAGCUACGACAAGCCAGCGGUCCAAAGCCCACUAA